AUGGCGUCUCCGGCUACUGCUGCUCAGCAGCACCAAGGACUUCCCUCCAUCACGACCCUCACCAAUGGCCUGCGACCAUCCGCUCCCAUCUCGCCCGAUCAGCAAUCAACGUCCGACACCACCCGUGAUUCUGGCACAUGGCCGCAACCACAAAAUAAGCACAACUCGGCGAACAGUGGCCUCCAGGUUCACACGCUCCUCAAUCACCCGGACGAGUCACCUUCUCGAAGCUCGAUCCCGAACACACCAUCAUCUGCGAGGAUUCCGGCCUCUGCGACUUCUCAGCUUCCAUCAAUCAACCAAGGAUUUGCUGACAACAAUGCCAAUCGAGAGAGCUACAACAGCUACAACAGCAGAGAUAGCUACAACCGAGACAGCCUCGGCCGCGAACUGAACCGCGACAGUUAUCAGGAGUCCCGCCGGAGCAGUGUCGACAGCCGAAUGCACCAAGGCUUCAACAGCCUAUACAUCAAUGGACCCGGUCCUCACUCACCAUACGAGAGUGCAAACACCUCGCAAGUCUCACUUGCGGCCAGCCUGCGUCGACCAAAUGGCAAUCCAAUGUCGCCGCACAGCGCUCGUUCGAGCCUUCGCGGCAAUCCAGCACCUCGCAUAGCGCCUCCGAUUAUGCCAGUCAAUCGUGGUCCCGGAGUCCCAGAUCCUACUGCUUCCAAGCCCACACAAGGUUACGCUUGGGCUUUCCCAGAUGAAGCAAUCCCAGAGGAGAGGCGUGGCUCUGAUAGUGGGGAGUCGAGCGUGGAUCACAACGUGUCCAGACAGAACAGCUACGCGGCGUCUUCUGUUCGCAGCAGUAUCUUCUCCGUCGACUCGCAGAUGCCUCACGGCCAGCGGCGCUUUCAGGAGGAUGAUCCAAAUACAACGCACCAUCACAGCAUGCAACACAGAUCAAUUCAGGGUCUGCAGAGCGACGAUAUGACGCCACAGGGCGUGGGCAAUUACAGCCGCACGCCGGAACUUCGUGUGAGCCAUAAGCUAGCCGAGAGGAAGCGCCGCAGCGAGAUGAAGGAUCUGUUCGAGGACCUCAACAAAGCGGUACCAUCCAGCGGCGGUACAAAGGCGAGCAAGUGGGAGAUCUUAACGAAAGCCAUCGAGUACAUCCGAACCACGCAACACCAGGAGCGCAAUCUUCACGCCGAGAUUCAACGCCUCCAACGAGAGACGGAGUACUCGCGCGAAGCACACAAGGAGAAUGAAGAGCUCAAGACCGAGGUGCAAGUAAUGUAUCAGCACCUACGCCGUCUGGACCCAAAUGCGACUCACAUGUAUGGCCGCCUCAGCCAACAGCUCAGCCAACAACAAGGACAACUUCAGACAAACGGAAAUCCAAACAUCUCGCUGCCCCCGCUGAAUACGGCAUCAGGCGCUAGUCAAAGUGGAUCGUUCGGCGGCGCUCCAGGCGCCCCGAUGCAAGGAGUGGAGUACAACUAUAGUGCCGGGCGAUAG